ACGUGGGGAGGAGGGAUUGACGGUCCACAGGGAGUCAGCCAGGAAAGGCCGCAAGAAAUCAAGGCGGCUACUGAAACACUAGGAGCGGCAGUCAAUCGUGAAUGCUGCCCCUUUGUUAAAGGACCAGUGUACACACUCGGGGACAGAGAUGGAAGGAAGGACUUGGGGAUCGGAUGUUUAUGAUAAAUGGAGGAAACACGGCUGAUGAUGAACCCCAAUUCAGGCCUCUUUGGGUGCAUCCACAUUAAAAAUCACCCUCUGGGGACCUGGAAAGCCUUGUGGGAGUCAGAGGAGGCGAAACCUCAUCGAAAGCAGUUUCAUGCUCGAAUUGAGUCUCCCUGGGAGGUUGGGUGGGUGGAGGGACGAGAUGCGGCCCAGGAUGGGCUCUUUUCUCUGGGCGAGCUGGGCUCUGCCACUGGCACCCCCAUUUGGUGGGGUUGACCUUUUCUCUUCUCAGGGGCUGGCAGGUGUCUGGCCAGGAACAAAACAUUGGCCACUACCCUUUCCCUGAAACUCUUGCUCCCUUUAGGCUUCCAGUGUUUGUGUGCAUUUUAGGUCUCUUGGUUUCAAGUGUCAGAAACCCAACUCAAACAGGCUUACAUUUUUAAAAAAGAAGGAAGUGAUAUGCUGCGGCCACGGUGCUCAGCGGAGUUGGGGAAGGUCUUUUAUCUCAGAUUUCCUGGACAAUGAGGGGGUUACACUGGAUGACCACACUGUGCUGAGAGCCAAGGCAGGGUCCAUGCCUGACCCGGGCCACAUGGUACGUGCAGAGCGAAUGAAUGAAUGAAUGAAUGAACAGAUGACCGUGUGUUAAGAUUGAUUUCAGUUCUCACUCCCAUGACUGUGAACACAGGCAUCUCUCCAGCCAGGAGGUGCAGGAAGAUGUGAAAAAGUGGAGAAUGUAGAAAAUGUGCAUCUGUAAAUGAGAGAAGAGAUUUCUGAGCAGAGAAGCCUGGACACUUAGCGUCAACCCCAAGACCUUCUGCGAAAGGAAGUGGUUCCUGCCGCCUUCUGACCACUUCCGUAAGGCGCCGGCUCCCUCCUCUCGAGCAGUCAGCAGCAGAUGUCCCCUCGUGACACCUGGACUCCAGGGACUGAGAAGGAGGUACGCCCUUUGCAGGUUCUGUGGCUGCCAUGCAGCAGCCCCUGAACUACCCGUACCCCCAAAUCUACUGGGUGGACAGCAGGGCCCCCUCCCCUUGGACUUCUCCAGGGACAGUCCUCCCCUGUCCCUCCUCGGUGCCUCGAAGACCUGGCCAGAGGAGGCCACCGCCUCCGCCACCGCCACCACCGCCACCACCACCGCCACUGCCACCCCUGCCUCCACUGCCACAGCCAUCUCUGAAGAAGAGCAGGGACCACAACACAGGCCUGUGUCUCCUUGUGAUGUUUUUCAUGAUCCUGGUAGCCCUGGUUGUGCUGGGGCUGGGGAUGUUUCAGCUGUUCCACCUGCAGAAGGAGCUGGCCGAGCUCAGAGAGUCCUCCAGCCAAAGGCAUAUUGAAUCAUCUUUGGAGAAGCAAAUAGGUCACCCCAAUCCAAGCUCUGAAAAAGGGGAGCAGAGGAAAGUGGCCCAUUUGACAGGCAAGCCCAACUCAAGAUCCAUCCCUCUGGAAUGGGAAGACACCUAUGGAAUUGCCUUGGUCUCUGGGGUGAAGUAUAAGAAGAGCAGCCUCGUGAUCAAUGACACUGGGCUGUACUUCGUGUAUUCCAAAGUGUACUUCCGGGGUCAGUCCUGCAAGAAACAGCCCCUGAACCACAAGGUCUAUAUGAGGAACUUGAAGUAUCCCCAGGACCUGGUGCUGAUGGAGGAGAAGAUGAUGGACUACUGCACUGCCGGCCAGAUGUGGGCCCGUAGCAGCUACCUGGGUGCGGUGUUCAAUCUCACCAGUGCUGACCAUUUAUAUGUUAAUGUGUCUGAGUACUCUCUGGUGAAUUUUGAAGAGUCUAAGACAUUUUUUGGCUUAUAUAAGCUCUAAGAGCACUUUGGGGUUCUCUCCAUUAUGGCUCCUUGAUACAGGCACUGAGAAUGUUGUCUUGAAGGAGGGUCUUCUUAAGCCCACUUGAGGUCAAGUGAGAAGACGUAAACCAAGAGGAUUCUGAGACCACAGAGUCCAGGAGGUCUACGGUUCCUCAUCUCGCCCAAGGUCCAUGAGCCAGACAGGAUGAGGAAGAUAGCUGGUGAACAUAACACUCUGGGCUGCAUGUCAAAAUGCAAGAUGGGCCAAAGCAGCUACCGGGGUGUUCUACACUCAGCUUCAGAGGCCAAGAGUGUUUGGGCACAUUGCCAAGGACACCUUCUAACUCACCUCUUGCGGUGGGUCUACUGUCUACCUCAGGGAGGCUGUCUUUCAGGCGUAAGGGAUGGAAAAAGGUGACUUAGGGUUGCAUGAUAAGCUCAAGAGACUGAAAGGCCCGUGUCCCAGUGGCAGCAUUUUUACUUCUCGAGCCAUAGCCUGAGCUGCCAGGGGAUGCAAAUAGAAAAGCUAGGGACAUCUUUGGGGGAUGCAGUCCAUUCCCUAUACAGCAUGUAUGUUUCCAGAGCAAUUGUAGGUGUGUGUGUGUGUGUGUGUGUGUGUGUGUGUGUGUGUGAAAACUACCUAAAUAGGAAGAACAUGUUAGGGAAAUAUGGGAUGCAUUUGGUGUCGGUUUCAAAUGCUUCUUGGCAACCAACUCUAACAGUCCUCUAAUCUUGGAUUGUCACCUAGUGAUGCUGUUUUCCUAUAAUAUAACCAAUAUUUAUAUAUAUUUUGUGCAUUUUAAAUGGAAAGAAUACAUGUAA